GAGCGGGAUGCCUCCAACUGGUCCACGGAGCGGCUGAAAACUCUCCUCCUGCCCGUCAGGGUGGAGGGUGAGGAAGGGGCUUGUGAGGUGACAGAAGUGAGCAAACUGGAUGGAGAGGCCUCCAUUAACAACCGCAAAGGGAAACUUAUCUUCUUCUAUGAGUGGGCUAUCAAGCUGGCAUGGACUGGCACCUCGAAGACAGGAGUGAAAUACAAAGGUUAUGUGGAGAUUCCUAAUCUCUCAGAUGAAAAUGACAUCGACGAAGUUGAGAUCCAUGUCAGCCUUGCUAAAGACGAGCCUGACACUAACUUGAAGACCCUGAUGAAGCAAGAGGGUGCAAAAAAAAUUAGAGAUGCAAUGAAAACGUACAUCAGCACUCUCAAAACAGAAUUCACCCAGGGCAUGAUUUUGCCUACAGUGAAUGGUGAACACAUGGAAACAACACCUCAGGUGGCUCCUAAAGCAGAAGACCGCAAGAUGGCCGCUAGCAGCGGUACUGCCACAUCGCAGUCCAAAUCCAUAGGAGUCAAGAUCCCUACAUGUAAGAUCAGCUUGAAGGACACCUUCUUAACAUCUCCUGAGGAGCUCUACCGGGUAUUCGUUACUCAGGAGAUGGUCCAAGCUUUCACUCAUGCACAAGCUACCUUGGAGGCUGAUAAAGGAGGCAAGUUUCAGCUGCUGGAUGGCAGUGUCACAGGAGAGUUUGUUGACCUAGUCCCUGAGAAGCAACUUGUUAUGAAAUGGAGAUUUAAAUCUUGGCCAGCUGGGCACUUUGCAACAAUUACCUUGAACUUCACUGACAAAGGCGGUGAGACGGAAGUGUGCUUGGAAGGCAAGGGCAUUCCAACAAAGCAAGGCUGGCAGCGCUACUACUUCGAGGGCAUUAAACAGACAUUUGGCUAUGGUGCCCGCUUGUUUUAAUACUGGUUGCUGGGAGGGCUUUGCCUGAAGACUCUGCCACGUGGACUGAUAAAUUUCUCACCUGUCCCUUUCUAAUCUUGGCUCUGCUGCUGAGUAAAGUGGGAUGACAGGUGAUGAGGAAGGCCACUGAGCAGCACCACUUUCAGUCCCUCACUACUUUGUGCAUGUCUCGUGCUGCAGGGGAUUCUCUUACAUGUACAUACUUCUAUUGCUAAAUAAACCUAACUUAAAAAAACAC